GUCUAUGUCCAAGGAUGUGGGCAGCGGCUGUCCGGUUCAUCUGCGCCGCGGGGACCCUCCUCGCUGCGUUCUCGAGAGGCGCUGCCGCCUUAUCGAAGGAUGAGCUCUGUGCCGUCGACAUUGAUCAUUCCAAGUACGCGUUGAAUCUCAUCACGGUUGCGAAGAACGUGUCGAGUGCCCCGCGCAUUCUGUGCCUCGUCAACACCAUGUCCAUCCACCACACGACCCGCGUGCAAGCCAUUCGAGAUACAUGGGGCCAGCGAUGCGCGAAGCUGCUCUUCUUUAGCAACGCCACGGACUCGUCCACGCCAGACAUCAUCCAACUGGACACGCAAGCUGACCACAAUCACUUGUGGCAAAAGCACAAAAGGACGCUUCAGUAUGUAUGGGACCACCAUCGAUUCGACGGCUUCGACUGGUUCUACAAGUCGGACGACGACGCGUAUGUCGUUGUGGACAACUUGCAAGCGUUCCUGCGUCUCCCUGAAGUCGUGAUGCAGCAAGAUGUCGUUCCUCUCACGUUUGGCCAUCGAUACAAGUUGACCCCCGACUUGGUCGACUAUUACGUUGUCGACAAGCACCUGCGCGACCAAUUCAAGCAACUCACAAACAACCGAUGGGUGUUCAACUCGGGCGGCCCUGGCUACGCCAUGAAUCCUCUCUAUGUGCAAACCGUUGUCGAGUCGCUGCCGCUGUCGACGUGCUUGAGCGACCGGUAUUGCGAAAUGCUGCCGGACGACGCCGCCAUCUCGUUCUGCAUGGCGUGGCACAAUGUGUAUCCGUCCAAUACGCGAGACUUGAACCGGCGAGAGCGAUGGCACGCUGAUAAACCUCGAGGUACAAAAACUCUCGUCCGCACAUAGAUUCGGUCGCCGAGCACCUGCAUCAUAUGGACAUGUUGGUGGCAGGUGUGUACUUUACCGACGUAACGACACCCACCUACUGGCUCGUCCAGUACCAUGACGGAAUCGGCGGCGCCGCACGACACGACGCGUGUUGUUCGCCCGAGAGCGUCGCGUUUCAUUACGUGCUGCCGCCGUUGAUGUAUCACUUGGAGAGGCAGCUGUACUACUGUCGAAGCGACGUGGACCUCGACUUGCCUGCGUUCAAUGCGCGAACGGGUCUUGCCAUCUCGUCGGCGAUCCUCGAGCCAACGCCGCUCGCGGUCGACUACGGUCCUGUCCCCGACCUCUAGCCCGCUCCCCUUCCCUCCGACGUUGUCGACAGCAAUGUUGCGCGCGCUCGUGCAGUCGAGUCGUGGGUUGCAGCUUGCCGCGAACGACGCCGCGGUCCAACGUCCAGGCCACACCCACGAGAAGAGUUGUCUGAGUCCCGAGAUAUCAAAGUAGCCGCUGCUUCGAAAAUCUCAAUUUUUCGGUGCAUCGCCGGAUACCCCUCUUGGACCCGAUACGUUACCGGAUAAAACUGUGCAAGUGAAUACGACACACGGUCGUUUCUCCUCGUGGGUCCGCAGAAAGAAGCUAC